UGACCUGCCCGGUGAGACACUUGCUCUUUAAAUCAGGCGGUGACUUCAUCUCAGAGGGUUUUCAUUUCUUUGUUGGAACUUUAAACAAACACCUGACGCAUUCACCUGCUGCUCCACCCACCAGACAGGGAAACAGUCAAUCACAGCAGAACAGAGCAUUUCAGCUUCUUUAAGGUGGAUUUGCUCACACACAAGCUCCAAAAAGGACACGCCAAGAUGGAGGACAGCGGGGGGACGAAGACCAAAGAGGGGGAGGAGGAGGCAGUGAGGUCAGCCAUGACAGAGGCGAGCACACUGCCGUGGUCUGCCGACAGACAGACAGGUGGAUGGACAGGUAAAGUUGACAGGAUGAGCGUGAGGUCAGGAAUGUCUCUUCCUGAGGUGUCCAGCUGCACAGAGAGUGAGAGAGAGCUGAAGGCAGAGGGAGAGAGGAGGGGGGGCAGGGUGAGUUUAAAUGAAGGGGUGGGGCUAAGUGAAGACAAAAUAAUUGGGCACCUGAUGGAGGAGGAGCCCGGGGAGAACCUUCUGCCAGAGAAAGCCGCUCAGGUGUUCAGCCCUGCAGUGAACGCCCUCCACUCCCCCUCCUCACUCAGAAACUGGGAACUGGAGUCUGAGAAGAGUCCCUUCCUGGGUCCCCGAGGAGUCCCCGAGGACUACAAUCAACAUGACAACCUGUAUGGGGACCUGCUUUCAAAUAAACGUGGGCAGUGCUGUGUCAGCACAGAUGUCCUGAAGAUGGGCGUGUCCUUAAUGACUUCAGCACUCUUCUUCCCCCUACUGGUUUGGGGCGGUUUUGUCUUCCUCCCAUUUGAUGCCCCACUGCUGGAUGGCGCCCCCCUCAGGCUCAUCUACACACUGCGCUGCUCUGUGUUUGCCGCCACCCCCAUCAUCCUUGGUUGGCUAGUUCUGGGCAUCAGUCGGCUGAGGUCAGGUGUGCUUCGGCCUCUGUUUGAUGAUGAGAUAAAGGAGGCGGAGCUCCAGGAGGUCACUGUCCACCAGCGCUUCAUCACUGACUCUGCUUCCUUGUUCCUCAUUUACUUCCUGCAGCUGGUUGUUAUGGCAAUGUACCUUAGCCAGGAGCAGCUGAAGCUCGUGCCACUGUUGACCAUCCUCUUCGCCUUCGGACGGUUGGCAUACUGGGUGGCGGCAGCAUUUGGCAGCAGCAUUCGUGGGUUCGGUUUUGGCCUCUCCUUCCUGCCGAGCAUUGUAAUGAUGGCAGCAAACUUCUACUUCAUCUUCACGAUGGACGCGGCCAGCUCCAUCUUCAGUCUUCCCCUCGAGGAGGCAGCAGCGCCUCCACCUGCAGGCCGGCAGCGGUUCUGGGGAUGAGAGCUGAUCAGAACUCAAUAAUCUUCAUUACUGAUUGAAAAAUAAAAUGUUUUUAUUUUGAGGUUUAAAAACUCUUUAAAAUUAUCACUUGUAGCCCUGCCCACCUGUUGUUUGCCCUUGUUUUUUCUUCAUUAAACUGCUUCCUGUUUCCUGAAACUUCCUGUUGGUCCAUUUUUCAGUGUUUUAUUUUGUAAAAUAGUUUUUUAUGAUCAAUAAAUUAAAAAAA